CGGGUUCCCGAGCUGUGAUAGGAGAAAGUGAAGGAACGCUGUGUGUGACUCGGGGUCUUUCUUCGGGUCUGGAGGGUUAGGGGCGCGUGUAGGGGCCGAGACAGGCCAGAGGAGGCACGCGGCUCUGUAGAGGGCAGUGCCAGGCAGCCGGUUGUGGAGUGACGGUCUCCCACGCCUGCUCCCUGUGAUUCCCAGGGUCUUCUCCACGCCAUGGCGGAGGUGAUUCAGAAGAAGCUUCAGGGGGAAUUGGAGAAGUACCAACAACUCCAAAAGGGCUUGUUUUCCCCAUCUGUAAAAUGAGGAUUGUCAUUCCUGCCCUCCAUUUCCAGGACCAUGGUGGUAUAGGGAAGGAAAACUUGAGUAAGUCUAUGUCUAGUCGACAGAAGCUGGAGGCACAACUGACAGAAAAUAACAUCGUGAAAGAGGAGUUAGCAUUAUUGGAUGGAUCCAAUGUGGUGUUUAAGCUUCUGGGCCCAGUGUUGGUCAAACAGGAACUGGGGGAGGCUAGAGCUACUGUGGGCAAGAGACUGGACUAUAUCACAGCAGAGAUUAAACGAUAUGAAUCUCAGCUCCGAGAUCUGGAGAAACAGUCUGAAAAACAGCGUGAGGCUCUGGCUCAGUUGCAGCAGGAAUUCCAGCGUGCCCAGGCUGCCAAGGCAGGGUCUUUGGGAAAGGCUUGACCUUUUUAGUUGGAGAAAGAAUAAAGUGGGGAAAGACUGUGGGUUACCUGCACUGUGGCAAAUAAAAUGUGAAAAUACCUGA